CGAUGGGUUCUGUGAUAGGGAGCUAGUGGAGGCUGGUGAGGACUGGUGUGCUGGGAACAGGGAGUUUAGAACUGAGACACCAUGUGCAGUAUCAUGAUAAGCAACGAGUCUCCGCACACCGAGCCCAUCAUCUUCAAUCCAGACUUCUUUGUGGAAAAGCUGCGACAUGAAAAGCCAGAAGUGUUUCUGGAGCUUGUCGUCAGUAACAUCACGCGACUGAUCGACCUCCCGGGGACCGAGUUUGCACAGCUGAUUGGUGAGGAGCAACCCAAGCUCCCCAACAGCUCCAGCUCCAGCUUUUUCCGCUCCUUCCACUUCCUCAGACGGCGAGGGAAAGGCGUGGUGUUUGGAGCACCACUCACAGAGGAGGGGAUCGCUCAAAUUUACCAGCUCAUUGAGUAUCUGCAUAAGAAUCUCCAUGUGGAGGGGCUGUUCCGCAUUCCUGGUAACAGUGUCCGGCAGCAGAGCCUGAGGGAAGCACUGAACAGCGGGAUGGAGAUGGACCUGGAGUGUGGAGAAUUCCAUCCCAAUGAUGUGGCCACCAUGCUGAAAGCCUUCCUGGGGGAGCUGCCAGAGCCACUGCUCAGCCACAGACAUUACAACGCUCACCUGAAGAUCGCAGAUCUGAUGGUGUUUGAUGCGCUGGGAAACAAGACGAGUGUGGCUGACAAGGAGAGACAGAUUGAGGCCCUGCAGCUGCUCUUCCUGCUGCUGCCCUCGGCCACUCGCAACCUGCUCAAGCUGCUGCUGGACCUGCUCUAUCACACCGCCAAGCAGCAGCUCAGCAACAAGAUGUCUGCACACAACCUGGCUCUCAUGUUUGCCCCACACAUUCUCUGGCCAAGAAACCUGCUGGUCAGUGAUCUGCAGGAGAACAUCACCAGGUUGACCAAUGGAGUGACGUUCAUGAUUAAACACUCCCAGAAACUCUUCCGGGCACCGGCUUACAUCCGAGAACUUGCCCGUGUGCAGUUUGCUGGAUCACAAACCGCUGUGUCUAAGGAUGACCUGGCAUUGCUGCCAAUAGACACGUGCUCAGAGCUGCAGCUCAAGUGUCCGAAGCGGCACUGUCUGGCCUCAGCGGUGCGGCCGGAGGAAGAGGCACAACAGCACACAGAGGAGGCGCUCAAACAGCUGUUCAAGCACAUAAGCAACAUGCCUGACUCUGCCAAGAAGAAGAAGCUGGUUAGACAGUUUAAUAAACAGCCAAUCAGUACAUCGCAAGAACCCACUCCGCCGAGGGCAAGGAAACAUGGGCGCCACCCCUCGUUUGGGGGCCUCAUUAAACGUAAAGUUCUGGGUGAUCAGCACAUCAUCGAGAGAAAGAGCAAAAACCUGAGCCCUGACCUGGCUCCAUCGUCAACAUCAGCCGUUACUGACAAGGAGAACCAGGAGCAGUUACAGAAGAAUCUGGCAUCACCUGUCCGGUGGAGAAGCGGUAUUCGGCCGCAAUCUACAGAGCAGACUCUGGACAACAGAGAGCAGGAAUUCUUGAGAGGGAGCAAAAUCCUAUCAGCUGCCACUCCGGAGUCCUCCAUUUAGCUGCCUGUGUCAGAUGUGACUGACGUGAAGCGGUGGAGAUGUUCAGGACAGAGGAUGGAUCGGCUCCAAGAUACCACUAACCACAACUGGAACACAACUGUUCGCUAAUAGAUUAACCACGUGAUAACUCUGUGUCAUUUUCAAUCUGCCUUGUUCCCUUGUGAGUUGGGGUGGGAGCUGACUCCAGCCAUGGACCAGAGCAGCUGGGUGAGUGGUGGGGAGAGAGCGAGAGAGAAGGUUUGUGCAAGUACGUUAAUGGUAAGAGGUUUAACGGUAAGAGGGACUGCUAGAAAUCUGAGGUUCCACCGUGUGCAAACAACUGCCUGAGAACAAACUGAUUUCUGUACAUUUAAAGUUUGUAAUGAAAUUGUGAAGCCAUUUUGUAGCCAGUCAGGGAUUGCCUGGGGUGGGCACCGUGUGUCCAGCUUCCUGUGGCAGGGA